CCUCGAGUAAGCACGCUACACUCUCUCGCGAGCUGCUUUCUCCGCCAGUGGUACACGCUCAAAGCCUUGUGAACUGCCCACGAUCACUUUCACCACGAGCAAAAGUCAAUCAGAAGACCAUUUUUUACAGUUGUGAAAUAUCCAAACGUUACUUCCGGUCAUGGGAAGAAAUGGAUGUUUUGGUUUCCAUUACCCUCCCAGUGUCAAAUUCGUCUUCUGCAUCCUUCUCCUUUGGUCGAUAAUAACAGAUUUUACUGGGGUCCAACAUGGCGUACAAGCUAAUCCAGAUGCAAAAAGACUCUACGAUGAUUUACUCAGCAAUUAUAAUCGACUCAUACGACCCGUGUACAAUAAUUCGGAUAAACUCACAGUGAGGUUAGGUCUCAAGCUCUCUCAACUUAUUGAUGUUAAUUUGAAGAACCAGAUCAUGACCACCAACGUAUGGCUUGAGCAAGUGUGGAACGAUUUCAAACUUAUCUGGGAUCCGAACGAAUAUGGGGGUGUGACGGAGCUGUAUGUCCCAUCGGAGCACAUUUGGCUUCCAGACAUCGUGUUAUAUAACAAUGCGGAUGGAAAUUACGAAGUAACGCUGAUGACGAAAGCAACAUUGUCUUCGAAAGGAAUAAUUUAUUGGAAGCCACCAGCUAUCUACAAAUCGUCGUGUGAGAUCGACGUCGAAUAUUUUCCGUUUGAUAGCCAGUCAUGCACUAUGAAAUUUGGGAGCUGGACAUAUGAUGGUUUUCAGGUUGAUUUGCAACACAUGAACCAAGAUAUUGGGAGCAAUCUUGUACCGAUCGGAAUCGAUUUAAAGGAAUUUUACCUCUCUGUGGAAUGGGAUAUUUUGGAAGUUCCUGCGAAACGAAAUGAAGAAUAUUACCCAUGCUGCAAAGAACCAUACCCAGACAUAACCUUCAAUGUGACAAUGCGGCGGAAAACUCUGUUUUAUACAGUCAAUCUUAUCAUACCAGUAAUUGGUAUUUCUUUCCUCACAGUACUCGUGUUUUACUUGCCUUCAGACUCGGGAGAGAAGAUUACAUUGUGUAUUUCGAUUCUCUUGAGCUUGACAGUUUUUUUCCUCUUGUUGGCUGAAAUCAUCCCACCCACGUCGUUGGCAGUUCCUCUUCUCGGAAAAUACUUGCUAUUCACAAUGGUCCUUGUCACCUUGUCAAUCUCGGUCACAGUUCUGAACCUCAACGUACACUUCAGAUCUCCCUCAACUCAUAAAAUGUCGCCCUGGGUGAAGAAGGUGUUUCUCGAGUUAAUGCCACGCUUUCUGUGUAUGAAGAGACCAGAAUAUCGUCCUAUAUAUGCCUACGAGGGCGAUUUUACAGCUACUUCUGCCACAGCCGGAAAUAAUGACUAUGGCAUGAAUUUUGGCACAGGGGGGGCUUACGACACUAGUCCUCGGACGGAAGAGUCUAGCGUGGACCAUUCACGACGUAUGAAAUCUUUCUCCGACGACUCUUGUGGAGGUUUGGGAAUGCCAUUCAGCCCAGAGAUAUCAGCUGCACUCAAGAGUGUACAAUUUAUAGCUCAACAUAUCAAGGAGGCAGACAAAGAUAACGAGGUGAUUGAAGAUUGGAAAUACGUAGCGAUGGUUCUAGACCGCCUAUUCCUGUGGAUUUUUACGUUGGCCUGCGUCCUUGGAACUUGCCUAAUUAUAUUGCAAGCACCAAGUCUUUACGACGACAGAUCUCCCAUUGAUCAAGUCUUGUCUGAAAUUUAUUUUCAGCGGACGUCUGUUGAAAAACCCAAGAAUCACGUCACCCAAUAAUCAAUGAAGGACAACACGCCUACAACAAUUGUACAGUUUAUUUAUUGUGCACAUAUUUAAACCCAAUUUUCUUAACACAACAGUGCCCUGCAUGGUAUCAACCAGGAAUCAGCGACCAAACCUUGUCAAUAAAAACAAACCUUAUCAAACAAAAUCACGCAGCAUAAAAAUCAAAUAUUUUAGAUUGAAUUUGAAUAUCUGUAGACACGUAGUAUUAUUUACUCGAUAUGAAAUAUAAAGGAAUAUAGCAGUGUCGUUUCUACAAAGUAACAAUAAAAAUAUGUACAUGAAAAUGUAAGAAUCCUCAAUAUUUUGAGAAUCGAGAACGGUAUAUGUAAGCUUCGUAGUGGUGAGUUUCUCGUACAUAAGUAAAUAGCUUCCAGAAAAUUGAACAUUUUUAGCACAGACCAGGGAAUGAGGGGGAGGAAGAAAGUUGAUAAUGGUGUCAGAUGGAAGGAAAGCCAACUACAUAUAUGGCAAGAUGAAUGUUGGUUUCAGCCAGCAUCCAGCAGCAAGAUUUGAGCCGUCUCUCUCCCCACUCUAGGAAUAAAUCAGGGAAAGGUCUUUCCAACAAAUCAACUUUGUCAUUGACACUUUCGCUUUAUGUGCAAAAUCCGGCUGGAAGGCAAAUAUUGACACCCCACAUUAUACAAUCUAACCAGUCAACCUUGUUUCCAUUUAUGAAUUAUCCAGUUCAAUUUGUGGUGGCACAAACUGUAAAACUAUUUCCUCCGCUUAUCUAGAAUACGUAAAGACAAUGAUGCAAGAUCCAUGCUUGCUGUGAACAUCACCUCCUUCACUUCACCAGCAACCAUCCUAAUCCGAGAGUGGGAUGGCAGUUAGUUGAGAAAAUUGGAAAAUUGAUGCGUCACUUGAUUAUUUUGGAUCCAGCAGUCCGACUGGUAUGAGCAUGAGCACAUGUCUUAUCAGCACUUUCCCUUGAAUUCUAAGAUAAAUGGUGAGAACAGAUGAGGUAGAAAUUAGAGUUUCACUACCUCAGCGUUUUACCUUCACUUUUAUUCCAGUAAGAAAAUACCUACAACUGCGUCUUGUCUGCGUGAACUUUCACCACUAGCCAAGAAGCAUCUAGUCGCUGUCUACGUCGUGUCCUGUUCUAAAUAUGAAGGCCCUUUGUAUAUUUACACAUGUAAUAAAUAAGCACUUAAGUACUUACACAUUUGGUGUCAUAAUUUCAUGUAAAUAUGUAACUGUAUCAGAGUGAAAUCUUAAAAUAAAAAUAAAAAAUGAAAUUGCAGCAAU